AUGGAGGAGGCGGAGGCCGCGGCCGGGCUGAGGCGGCGGCGGCGCCGCUCGGGGGGCCACCGCGGCGGCGGCCCGGAGCGGUCGCCCAGCCCCGACCGCCUGGACGCCGCCUCGCAGCGCUUCGACCCGCUGCUGGCGCUGUACUCGGAGCGGACGCCGCUGCCCUGCCCGGCCGCGCCCUGCUUCAACAACCUGGCCGAGUACGAGAGCUUCCAGCGCGGCCUUCUCCGCGGUCGCGGGGGCCGCCCCUCCGCCGCGCACCCCCGCAGCCGGCCCGGCCGCGCCGCCGCCGACCCCGAGCGCCUCGAGCGCCUCCGCAGCCUCGUGGUGGCCAAGGAGCCCGGCCCGGAGGCGGCCGAGAAGGCCCGGGCGAGGGGCAGGAGGGCGCCGCGCAACGUCCUCACCAGGAUGCCCCUUCAUGAAGGCAGCCCACUUGGAGAACUUCACCGCUGUGUCCGAGAUGGUGUUAAAGUCAAUGUCCAUAUCCGAACUUUCAAAGGGCUUCGUGGCGUAUGCACUGGAUUCUUGGUUGCGUUUGACAAAUUCUGGAAUAUGGCCCUGACAGAUGUGGAUGAGACGUACCGAAAACCUGUUCUGGGCAGAGCUUUCUAUGUUGAACCACAGUUGACUCUCACCAGAUUGUUUGACAGACUUAGGCUGCAGGAAUCCUUGGUUAAGAGAGAAAGUGACUCAAAGACGGCUGCAGAUCUUCCGGGCCUUUCAUGUGAUCCUAGGACACUUGGGCGGAAGUCUAGGUCAAGUCGGGGAAGAUCGGAAGAACAACGUGAAUCAAGGAAGCACUCAAGCAGAGAUCGGGUCCGGAGCUCUAGCUUGCCCCGAGCCUUUGGGAAGGAGGUCGAUCUGCCUAGCAGAUCCUUGCACACAGAGGGGACAAGUGCGAGUGGCACAAGAGGUCGGUCACGGAAAAAGCGGAGGCCCAGAGUGGAUUACCAGCAAGUUUUCACACGACACAUAAACCAGAUUUUUAUUCGAGGAGAGAAUGUCUUGCUUGUUCACCUAGCGCAUUGAGCUGGCCAAGCC